AUGGGAGUGGAAAAUGUCGCUGAUCUUCCACCUCUGGAUCCAGCUGUUGUUUUGAUUGGAACAGCAAAGGGAGGUAAUGUUGGACCUCCUAGCGGUCUUGUUGACAUUGGCGUGAGUGAAGCUGCCUACCUUUUUCGAGUUGCACUUCCUGGUAUUCGGAAGAAUGAAUGUAGGGUAAAAUGUGAUAUCCAACGUGAUGGAAAGGUUCAUAUAGAAGGAAUCAUGACAGGUGUUGGACUUUUGAGAAACUCGUCAACUGUGUACCGUUCGAGAGUCCAGCAACUAUGCCCACCGGGAGCAUUUAGCAUAUCUUUCCGUCUGCCUGGACCUGUUGACCCCCGUUUGUUUUCUCCUUAUUUCCGGCAUGAUGGAAUCCUGGAAGUGGUGGUUAUGAAAGGCAGAGUACCUCUACCCUGA